CUCACAACCAACAGAGUUUCUCUCUCGUCACAGUCAUAUCGAACACUGAUCGAUUUUCUUGAUCGAGAAAACGUACGAAGAAGUUACGGAAAAAGCAAAAAAAAAAAAAAUCUGAAUUUCGUGAGUCGUGUGUGAGAUUUUUUUUUUGUAUCGUAAAAACGAAGCGUUCGGGCACGCACAAUAACACAGAGUGAACAAAUAACAAAACGUAACCGUUAACAAGAAACAUAUCAUUCGGUCGUCAUCAUUGCUGUUGUUGUCGUCGUUUUUUUUUCUUCUUUCGCAUUACCGCAUAUAUAAUCGCAUUUCAUCAUGUGUAUCGCCCGUGAUAAUUUAGUAAACAAAGAAAGAGAGCUCAAGCUCAAGCAGCAACAACAACUGCAGCCACCGUUGCUACAGCAACAGCAGUUCAACGCACCGAAUAAUUGGAUGCAAUCAGUGCGCAAACCAUUGAAACCGAAGCAUGCCACUCGCAAGUUUGUGUCAAAAGCAAAGAUUAAUCUCAACAAAUAUUGGCAUAAAUUUGAAGAAAUUUUAACGGCUGCUGGUGAAGAUAUAAAAUCCAUGUCAUCCACCUACACUGAGUUCAUCAUUGCACAAAAAGACAAGUACUGCAGCGUUGAACCGACCAACACCUCGGACCUGUUAUCAUCCACCAAAUUGACAUUGUUGUCAGCUGUACGCAACCAAACGCCGAACAAUUUGCACGAUGAAUUGAACACAUUGGUUUCAAAGAACAACGAUGAAGACAGUGACGCUGUGGCACUGAAGAACACCAACGAAAGUGAACCAUCAUACAAAGCAUUCAGCAAUGAUGAUCUGUACUAUGGCGUCAAUUUGAGCACAAACAUCGCACCAAUGGGUUCGUUCAAAGCAAAACGUUGCUCAUGCUAUUUGGAUCAAGAAUUCAUGACUCCACCACCGCCACCACAACGCCGACGACCAGCAUCCACUUCAUUCAUUCCAACGUCACAAUUCAUUGCCGCCACAAGCAUGGGCCAACAAUCAUCAUCGUCAGCAGCACCACGUUUCAAUCAUCGCAACAUUCGUUUGAGCGUCGAAGAUUGCCAGAAUCUCGAAAACGAAGCACUUCAGGUAUACGGAAAAUUUAGCUUUUAUGAUACUAGUUUUUAAGUUAACUGCAAUGCUUGCACUAUGUAAUGAACUGAAUUUCAUUUUCAAAUUGGCAAAUGCUUUUGUGCCUUAUUCAAGUAUUGUGUAGUUGAUUAAGAUCACUUUUUUUUCUCUUUUCAUUUCUCACUUCCAAUUUUGCUCAGUGAUUUGAUUUAAGUAUUUGUUAAGACUUUUUAUUUUGGACAAGAAAACAACAACAACAAAAAAGCAAAUGAAAUUUCGCCGUUUAAUCGCAAGCCAUUUCACGACCUUGUGACACUUCACGUGUCGAUAAACAACCGGAAAAUUCGUGUCAUGCAACACACUCGAAAACUUUCCGAACAAGCUAAACAAUUGGAGUCUUUUAUUUGAGCUUCGACUCUUGAACUUCCCAUUCGAUUGUUUCGAUUUCGUUGGAAUUUCACCGAAAACUCUCAAUAGCAGGGCAAUGAUGCAAAAUAAGGUUAAACAGAAGAAAUGAUUCAAAAUUUGAAGCAAUCCAUUUCAUUUGAAAACUAACAAUAUCGUUAGAAAAUACUAACGAUCGCUCAAUUCCAGUUCUAUGUUCUAUUCAUAGAACGUUGUUUGAAUUGACAUUUUAAAAUGAAUUUCGCCUCGAAUUUGUUUCAUUUCUUCGACUCAAUGUGUGCAAUUUAGUUUGUUAGGAUCGGCAAAACUGUGAUUUAGUUAGAUGUGUUUGUGAUCAAUUGCGUUUGUCUCUCUCACGCCAUAGAGAUAGUUGAAAGUGCUCACUUGGUGCACUAAUGCCUUAAACACUGAACAUGCGCAUGUGUGCGGUUCAAUUGAGUUUUUAGCAAACUUGCUUGAGUCCGUCCGCACCACAUAAUUCAGGCGGCUUGGUGUAGCAGUAGCAAAUAGGCCGAUAUUAGUGUCAAUUCAUUAACUUUAGGAAUGUGUGGUAGGAAAAAUGUGUUCUUGGCCGAGAUUUUGCUCGUGAGCCGAUGAACUCUGGUAGAUUAGCUUUAAUUAGAUGUUUAAUUUGUCGAAUGUGAUAAUAGGGUAAUGAUGCGCUGAUUCCAUUUCCAAAGCACUUUCUCCCCGCUCCGGAACAUGGCAAUCGGUCACGUGAUAUAAAACAAGUGAUAGCAAGUGUCUUCCAAUACAUAGCCGCUCCAUGCGUCUCAUCGACCACCAUCGAGACAGCAAGAGCAUAUAUUUUUCUUCCGCUCCUCAUUUUUUAGCAAAAUUCUAGCAAUAUUUUUGCAAUGACUAUAAGGACAAAACAAGCAAUAAUUUCUAUGAUCUCCUCUCAAAACAAAAUCGAUUUAUUUUUUAGGCAAUUUUUUUUUUUUUUUUUCAAAAGAGUUCUAUUUUUGGUUUUGAAGAUUUCUAUAUUUUUUUUCGGUUAAAAGAUUUCUAUAUUUUUGGUUGAAUCAUAUCAAAUUCUAGAGCACUUCCCUUUCAUUCGGGCACAUUGUGUUUUGUUUGCAACAAGAUCUGGAGCGAUUUUUUUUCCUUUUUCUUCGUCUGUGAUUAAAAUGCUCAAUGCAAUACACAGAUCUUGAUGGAAACAAAAUGCGGCAUCGUUGAAAGUGUGAGUUUUGUUGGCAGAGUUCAGAAAUUUAUUUUAUCAAAAUUUUAUUUUAGAUCCAAAUUUAUAUUUUUUUUAAAGAGAGAUUUUUAUUUUUUACGUAGAAAAAGAGAGAUUUAUUUGAUUUUAUUUUGUGAUUUUUGAGGUGAAGCACACAUGGAUAAAGCAUAACGAUGAAACACAAUUCCAAUAGCCUUGAACUACCCAUUCCAAUGGGUAUUUAAACAGGUGUUGAUUCGUUUUGUUCCAUUGUGUAUUGCACUCAGUUUCGAGCUUCCAGUACAAAAUUAGCAGGUCUUCCAUGUCAAUUGCGAUUCUAUUGCACGAGUUAAUAUCGGGUCUUUCCAAACUCAAAACGACUGCAAUGCAUUGACUAACUUAUGUUUUUUUGGUAUAGAUUUUCUUUUUGAAACUGUGAUCGCAUCGUCCUUGCUUUUGAUUAUGAUGUGUGUGUGUGUGUGUCAUGUUUCUGACCGAAUUUCUACACAAGGUCGCAAGGUUAUUCGUCGAAUGUCAUUUGAACAAAAAAAAAAAACAAUCACCCACCCACUGGUUAUUAUGCAAGUACUCAUUUUCAUUAGUUACAUCUAAGGCUUUCGAUUUAAGUUCAUACACUUAAACAGACAAAUGAACCAAGUGAAUUUAUUACAACUCCCAGUUAAAUUUCUUCCAUUUUUUUUUGAAAACAUUGUUUAUUCCCAACUCAAAAGUGAAAGUUUUUUUUUUACACUUUCUAGCCUUAGUCCUAUUGAUAAGCUUUUAAUUUUAUUUUAUUCUAACAAUCGAGUUAUCCUACUUUAUUUCGAUUUCAUAUUGAUCUCCGUAGCACUAGCCAAAAUGUUUUAAGUUUCAUUUUUUAUU